GUCGCCUAGCAGGAUGUGCUUGUCGAAGAUGGCGAUCGUGUGUGAGUUUCGCAAACCUGCUGUCUUGUAGGAAUUCAUAUUUAAUUCGCUUUUAUAUCAAGUACUAUAUUUUGUGUUCGUUGGGAGAUCCGGAUUCAGAUUAUUAAAGGUGAGAUUUAACACAGCUUUGCGCUGGAAUAACUUUUCUUUCAACUGGAACCGAAACGGCCAUGCAGCCUCCUCCUCGAGCUGAACCCCCCGGGGCUGCCGCCCCCCCACCUGUAGGGGUCCCCAAUGCAUUUCGGAGAAGCAGUCCUUACAGCAGAAGGGCGAAUGUGCCAGUGCCAGCGCCAGCUGCACCUGUGCCACCAAUGACAGAUCCCUUCGCGUUCGGCAGGCAAACCCCUCAAAACACACCACUGGGAAAUCCUCCCCCGAAGAGCAGCCCUGUCCCUGUGCAAGGACCGCCUCCUUCAAGUUUCACACAGCCUGGCCCAGUCCAGAAUCAGUUGGCACCCGCACAGACGUUUGGUAGUACCCAGGGCCUCCACUCUGUACCGUCAUCAUCGACUGGAGUUAACCUCUUUACCCCAAACAGCUGUGUGGCUCCAUCACCCCUGCCAGGACAUUUUAAUAACUCAAACAGGUUUGUCUCGCCAACCCCUCAUGUUAGAGAACAGGGACAACUUAACUCCAGAGAACAUUCCCCCUUUAAUGUGCAAGGAUCACAACAGAAUAGCUUUGUCGGUCCUCCUCAUGCUGCAGCCCCUCUCCAGAACAGACCUCCUUACGGACAGGAUAUCAGAGGAGAGCCUAUCUCUUACAAUCCCACAGUACCUAAUGCAAUGUCAUUCCCUGCUCAGAACAUGCAGCCAGCAGCCACUUCAUGGUUGCCCGAUUAUGGCAAUUGUCCACCUUCAUCCCAAAACUACUUUCAGCCUGGUGACCAUCCAACCCAGCAGUUUGGUGUUCCUUUGCCAACUUCAUCUCCAGCUAAUAUACCAUCUCAGACGCCUCCCCAAAACCAGGUGCAUUCAGAACAGCAACCACAGGAUGGGCAACAAAAUAUGACACCUUUCCUAGGUUUUGUUAACAGUCAUCCGCCACCAGACAAAACAGAAGGAAAUAAUCCACCUGUUUCCCAACACCAUAACCCACCAUUUCAAUCUCAAAAUCAUUUCAGUCAAGACUAUGGGUCGUCUAAUACCUGGUUUAACCAGCCACACCAAGAGCAUUUCUAUCACCAGCCUGGUGCAGCAGAAACCAGCUUUCCUCCUACUAAUACCGGACAAGCAGGGCUUCCACCAGAAGGCAACCACAUUCCUUAUGAAUCGGAUACUGGAAGUGUUUCAAUGUUUUUCAAAGGUAAUGAAGUGGAAAAUGAAGAAACUCUGGCAAGUGAGAAGAAAGCCAUGAACAGUGUUCCUGGUGGAGAAUUGUUUCUGCAAAGCCAGGCUCAGCCCCUAGUGGGUGUUGAUGUGGCACAGAAUGCGGCAGUAGUCCAUCAAAGUUUUGAUCAUAAUGUGACCGGCCCUAUUGAUGCAAUGUCCAGCUGUGAAACAGGCCCCUAUCUGAAUGACAGUGCUUUUGUAAGUGAACCGCAAGAGAACGCUGGGGUGCACUUUGAUAAUGUGGAAAACCUGGAAUGUGCACCUAAUCUGGAGGUUUUACCUGGCAACCCACUCAAUAUCCCACCAAUGCCUCAAACUGUUCCUGAAGGUGCAAGGCUUGGACCACUCCCAGGCCAGGGAAAUCCAGUUCCCCACGUAGCUGACAAUUUUGAAGGGGGGCCCAACUUGGAGACUCCAGAUUCUGUACUUGAUCGUCCUGUGCGAUCUGAAAGCGUCUCUUCCAGCUACAGUAAUGUAAGUCAUGGCAGCGCAUCUAGUUCCAGAAGACCACAAGGAGUGGUGGGAACAUUUAUACAACAGGAAAUUGCAAAACCCCCUCAAGAAGUCUCUGCCGGUUACUUUGAGCAAGUUGAUAGUUCCCCUGCAGGAGAUGCAGUCGUACAAAACAUUGCUAACAAUGUGUAUCACAGACAGCUUUCCCAGCCUCCAACACCUAGCCCUCCCAAACCAACAGGAAUAUUUCAAGCUAGUGCUAACAGUUCCUUUGAACCAGUCCGAUCCCACUCAGUUGGAGUAAAACCCGCCGAGGUUGAUCAAGCCAGGAUGGUGAUGGAGAAAAACAGUGGAGCGCAAAGCAAUGCCCCACAUGGGGCUGUGGUUACAGACGCAUCGCCUGGGAAUCUUGAACAGCCACCUGACAACCUGGAAAACAUAUUUAUGCCCACGGGACAGCCACCUGUUGGUAGCCCAAAUAAUGUGUUACAACCCAUCAGCAAGCCUACAGUAGAAACAGUUCAGCCACUGCCUGAUAGAAGACCAUCUUCUAGAGCACAUGCUCCACGCUUGAAAUGCGAGAGUCCUGCCACUACCCUGUGGGCACAGAAUGAGGUCAUGCCGCUGAACAUUCUCUUAGCCCCAGCUGCCCCUCCUGUUCAUGUCUUUGUUAAGCAGCCAAGCAUGGAGGUUAUUCAGCCCCCAGAAGAUGGCCCUUUGGAUCAACCAUUGGAGCAGCAGGCUGCUCACAAAACAUUUAUCUCACAAAAUGCUGAUGUGUCUUCAGAGAAUCUUGAGAACCCUCCUCAAGUGGGUGAGGGUGACCAUCUGAAGCAGCAGGUUACCAAAGAUGCUCAGCAGUCAGCUGGGACCGGACAGGCACCUCAAAAGCAAACGGCUCCACCUUCACAGCAGACUGCUUUAAACCCCCAGCGGUCAGCUACUCAACCUGGGCUCCAUGUAAGUGAUGGCACACCGCCAUCCCAAAGCGUGCAGGAUCCAGGACCUCUAAGCAGCCAGUACCCACAGUCUUUUCCUAUGGUACCUGGGCCUCAAGGAAUGGGAGCUCCUAAUCCACCAAUGGGAUAUGGCACGACAGGGCCAGGGGUGGCACAGCACCCCAUGUACCCUCCACAGCCCCCCAAUUUACAGCAGCCUUCAAUAGCCAAUUCUUCACAGCAGCCCCCUCAAGAUCUGCAGCGGCCAACCCCUUCACACACACCUCAGCUGAUGUACGGGCCACCACCUCAGCAUCCAGCAGCAGGGUAUGGGUAUUAUGGUGGUGGGGCCUAUCCUGAGUAUCCAGAUGGCAGGCAUCCUUAUCAGCAGCCCUAUCCUCCUGGGGAUCCAAGGACUGUUCAGCCAUAUUAUCAGGAGGAUCUGUACAGAAGGUAUGACCCUCGUUACGGUCGCUAUGAAGGGUACAAUCCAGGAUACCGGGAAGGGAACAGGUAUCCGUACCCUGAACAGCCGGAGCGCCCCAGUUCUAGAGCCAGCCAAUACUCUGACAGGCCUUCCUCCAGACAAGGCUAUUCUGAAGACAACUAUCUGAAGGGUGGUCGAAGUGCCUAUGAUGAUUAUUAUGCAGACUACUAUAAAAAGCAAUAUGACUAUGGAGAUCGCAGCCAAUGGGACCGUUAUGAUCCAGCUUCCUAUGACGCUCGUUAUAGAGAAUACUAUGACCAGCAGUACUGGUACAACUAUGACCCAGAGGCUUACCGACGAAGAGAACAGUACUACAGCCAGCAGUAUCCCAGACGGGAAGGAUAUGAUGAUCGCUGGCAGUAUGAUCCUCGCUACGACACCAGCUUUGAUGAUGAGAGUGCUCGCCCGAGAGACCCCUAUGGGGAUGAGUAUGACAGACGCAGUGUCCACAGUGAACACUCAGCCCACAGUGUGCACAGCUCACACAGUCAGCAGAGCCGUCGAAGCAGCUUCAGCUCCCGGUCACAGCAGAGUCAGGUUUACAGAAGCCAGCAGGACCUUGUCACUGCUGGAUAUGAAGCCCCGAGCCAGCCUGCCCCUCCAGCAGAUUACUCCUAUGGACAGUACAUUGACAGUGUAGCAGGCCGUCAAGAAUUCACCGACUAUCAGUACCCAACAGGCUACCCAGAAGAAACAGGAUGGCAAUCUGUUGAACAAGUGCCUCCAAGACCUGUAACUCCUGAGAAGUUUACAGUUCCUCACAUAUGUGCCAGGUUUGGUCCAGGAGGUCAGUUAAUCAAAGUUCUGCCCAACCUGCCUUCAGAAGGCCAGCCUGCUUUGGUGGAAAUACAUAGCAUGGAGACCAUGUUACAGAGCACACAAGAGCAAGAAGAUCUAAGAGCAUUCCCAGGACCUCUUGUCAAGGAGGAAACCCAUAAAGUUGAUGUAAUCAAAUUUUCUCAGAACAAAGCUAUGGAGUGCCUGAGAAACGACAAUCUGCUUGAUAAAGAUUCUGCAAGUCUAAUCUGGGAGUUCAUUGUACUGCUGUGCAGGCAAAAUGGGACUGUCGUUGGAACUGAUAUUGCUGAUCUCCUGCUGCGGGAUCAUAAGUCAGCCUGGCUGCCUGGAAAGUCACCGAACGAAGCGAACCUGAUUGAUUUUAACAAUGAGGCCCUGGACCGAGCUGAGGAGGACCCUGGCUCUGGGCAGCUCUCCCUGCUCUCGGACACUGUCAUGAGUGUUCCUGAAAACGCAGGCAAGGAGACGGAGCGCUUCCGGGAGCUGCUCCUCUUCGGCCGCAAGAAGGAUGCUCUUGAAUCUGCAAUGAAGCAUGGAUUAUGGGGGCAUGCUCUGUUACUUGCCAGUAAAAUGGAUAGCAGGACCCAUGCAAGAGUUAUGACCAGGUUUGCUAACAGCCUCCCUAUUAACGAUCCUCUACAGACGGUAUAUCAGCUGAUGUCUGGAAGAAUGCCUGCCGCAGCCACUUGUUGUGGAGAUGAUAAGUGGGGAGACUGGAGGCCUCAUCUGGCUAUGGUGCUGUCGAAUCUCACUAAUACCUUGGACCUUGAUACUCGAACCAUCUCUACUAUGGGAGACACGCUUGCCUCAAAGGGACAGAUGGAUGCAGCUCAUUUCUGUUAUAUGAUGGCCCAGGUUGGAUUUGGUGUUUAUACCAAGAAGUCAACUAAACUUGUCCUGUUGGGGUCCAAUCACAGCUUGCCGUUCUUUAAGUUUGCCUCGAAUGAAGCCAUCCAGCGAACAGAAGCAUAUGAGUAUGCACAGUCUUUGGGCUCCCAAACCUGUUUACUGCCUAACUUCCAGGUAUUUAAAUUUAUAUAUGCCUGCCGACUAGCUGAGGCGGGCCUUUCUGCUCAGGCAUUUCAUUACUGUGAAGUCAUUUCAAGAACUGUCCUCAAGCGGCCGUCCUACUAUUCACCUGUAUUCAUCAACCAACUCAUUCAGAUGUCUGCAAAAUUGAGAUUCUUUGACCCUCAGUUGAAGGAAAGACCUGAGCAGGAGUUGUUUAUUGAACCAGAUUGGUUAGUUCGACUUCAUCAGCUGGAUGGCCAGAUAAAGGAAGGUGCAAUCUCCUAUAGUUCAGACCGAGCCACACCCCAGCAGUAUGCUUGCAGCACCUCCAGCUCUGAGCUUGAUCAUACCAGCCAGACAGAUGGCAUUGGAUUUCCCCAGGACACGACCUCUAAUACAUCAGAGAUCCCUCUAAUGACAUCGUUGAUGCCAAAUCCAGGUCCACCAGUGCCAGGAGUGCAGCUCAUGCCACCAGCUCCUCAGACUAUCCUUGAUGGAACAAUGCCUCCAGUCCCCUCCCCACAGUAUGCUGCAGAUGUCCCGUUUAACCCAGUGCCACCUCAAAUGCAACCUCCAGUGCAGGGGCAAGACUGA